AUGGUCCAAGGUCACGAAAAGGGGAGCACAUUCUCAGAAAGUAGUUUUGAAUGUAUCAAUUUGACACCGCAAAACUCGGUUCAUGUGCAGGGCUCACACCGAGCCCUUUCCCUUGAUGUGGAUGCACCUUUUCAUUCGCCAGAUUCCCGCAAGAUACAUAGAUCACGACACUACGUGAAAUGGGGAAUUGCAUGGCAACCCCUCUGGUUUAUGAUAUUGCUCGUCUUGUGUGGGUAUGCUCUAGCCAUUGGGCAUCACUUCUAUUUCUCUUCCCUUGGUAGACUGGCUGGAUCACCGUUACGCAAGCAAUGGGCUAUCAGCCGCAACAGGAGCAGCCUAAUUACUUGCACAUGCCAUUUUGGCCGUGCUAUUAGCAUUGUGUCCCUGGUAAGUAACGCCACCUCAUAUGAAAUAAGUCACGACUUCUACUUUUUUUCGUACAGGUUGGUAGCUCUAGCAGCCACUGCACCGCCCGCCGCUUUGUCUGUGGUCCCAGGCAUUUCUAUUGAAAGGCAACCAGCAGAAGUUCCAACUAUCGAUUGGAUCUCAGAAGGAUUUUACUAUCCAAGGUUCGAUCCAAUCGCUCGGCCGACAGCGGAACUUUCUGCACUCAGUGUCUGGAGCCGAAAGUAUGGAUGUUCUUCCGCAUGA